GUGACAUUACCGUCGCCGUGGCUCUCAUCCGUUCCCCUCCUUCCCCGACCAACCCGAAAUUUCAGAAAGAUCUCGACCUUCAUCGUUGCGGCAUCAAUCCACUAAUCUCCAUCUCCAUCGCCACCCAUGGAUCAGCACCAACAACCUCCGCAGAAGCGCGUUGUAGUCUGCGGAGGCGGUAUCAUCGGAGUUUGUACGGCUUAUUUCUUGGGUAAGAAAGGCGCCGCCGUCACGCUCGUUGAGAAAUCCUCCGUGGCAUGUGCGGCCUCUGGGAAAGCCGGCGGCUUCCUCGCGCUGGAUUGGUGUGACGGCGAACCAGUCGCUUCAUUGGCCCGGGCUAGCUUUAAUCUCCACCGUUCACUAUCUGAAGAACUCAACGGCCCCGAAUCCUAUGGCUAUAGGCCUCUCCACGCUCUCAGCCUCACUGUCGAUGAAUCGCAAUCCCCUUCCUCGGGCUCCAAACCGUCCCGCGAAUCCGCAAUCCCUUCUUGGGUCGACGGUCCGGCGCGGGGCCUCAGAACUAUCGGGACAACCCGAACCACGGCCCAAGUACAUCCUCAGCUGUUCACGAAAACUCUCCUAAACACGGCGAUUGAGAAAUUUGGUGUUGAGGUGGUGAUAGGGAAAGCAGAACAGGUCCGAGUUGAGGAGGGGCGAGUUGUGUCUGUGGUGCUUGAGGGAGGACGGGCAAUUGACUCGGAAGCGGUGGUGUUGGCCCUUGGACCAUGGUCUGGGAAGUUCGAGAUGCUGGCGUCGAUCUUCAGAGUGUCCGGCUUAAAGGCUCACAGCAUAGUAUUGGAGCCUAAGGAGCCUGAUGCCAUAACGCCCCAUGCCCUUUUCCUUAGCUACUACCCUUCUCAGGGAGGAAAAUCUAUGGACCCUGAAGUAUACCCUCGCCCCACUGGGGAGGUUUACUUGUGUGGAAUGUCUGCGGAGGCGGAGGUGCCUGAUGAUCCAGGGCAGAUAUCAGGCAAUCCGGAAUCAAUUCAGAUGCUAAAGAGGGUGGCAAAGAUUGUGUCCAGCCAUCUGGCCGAGGGAGAGGCACAAGUGAAGGCAGAGCAAGCAUGUUUCUUGCCAUGUACUGAUGAUGGUGUGCCUGUCAUAGGAGAGAUACCAGGUGUCAAGGGCUGUUAUGUGGCUACCGGCCAUAGUUGUUGGGGCAUUCUCAAUGGUCCUGCAACUGGGGCUGCCAUGGCAGAGCUGGUGGUUGAUGGCCAAGCUAGCAUUGUUGAUCUUAGUCGGUUUAGUCCUGCUAGAUUUGUUGCCCGUAGGCAGGUAAAGAUUUGAUUUGUUGAUUUAUGCUUCUUGUUGUAAAUCCGUUGUCCUAAAACAGGGCUUCAGGUUUGCUAUGGAACUACAUGAACAAUAUAUUGAUUAAUAAUAUUAAUGUCUUAGCGACAUUAUUUUCUUACGUUGUUCUUAUACGAUGUGAAGCAUAGAAACUCUGGAUGACUUUCACUUCAUGCAAUUGUUUUCUUUUUCGGAGCAGUGAAGUCACUAUAGUAUCCAAACAGUGGACUUGUAUACGUAUUGUAAAAAAGAAAAGAAAAGAAAAAAAAAAAAGGCAUUGUAAACUAGAAAAUAAAGGAAGCAUGGAGGGUUAUAUUGUAUGGUUUUCAAUUAUCUGGUCCUUAUGGCUUUGGAGGAACCAAAAGCUGUUCAAUGAGGAAGCAGACUGCCUUACGAAUGUGCUGGAAUUGAUGAAGGAAAGGUCUUUUAGUUGGAUAAAAGCAAGGAUGGAUGGCCAGGAACUGUCAGUUGACGCAUGGCAUAACCAACCAUGAGAGGCACUUGAUAACCAGGUACGUGACGCUUAAUUUGAUACAGCCAGUGCUUUGAUGGUGGUGCAGAGAAAUAUGAUACAACAUACAGCACAGAGGCACAGGGAACCUGGCUCUUUUUCCAGUUCAAGUUGCAUAACUCUAAUUCUCUAUAUUGAUCUUGAAUGCUUAUUGGCUGAACUUAUUGCUGGAUUUAUUCAAUUUAACUGGUUGAAGAUAUGUAAAAAAAAUAAUUGGGUUUUAAGGCAAUGAGGUUGGAAAGAUUAGAGUUCUUAUUUUGUUAUGCACGUUAGGUGUUCAAUCAAUUACCUAAGUGGGGUUGUGUUGGUGUUUCAGUGUUUGACAUAUUCUAGAAUUUUGUUGCAAUUUGUACAGGAGUUUUCAUACGUUGUUUUGGCAACAUUGAUUGGGCGAGAUUUGACAUUCAUU